AUGCAGAAGCAGGCUGUCAUGGCGGAGUGUGUGCGAAAAGCCCCAAGUGGAACUCAAGACUUCCAUGACAUCAGCAAGGUAACGUUGACUCCGAGCAUGGGUGUGAAGCCGGUCGAAGGUCGCCAGGAUUAUGCCGUAACCCGCCCGGGCGAGAGCAUCCCAUGCUGGCUGUCCCUCAAGGUCUACAAGACUGGGUCAUAUCUCCUCCCAUUGUUUGGGACGUGUUAUCGGUUGAUGUUUGUGAGCGCUGUCCCACACAUCCACUACAAGAUCGUCAAGCAGGUGUCCGUGUUGCGGCAGAAAGGUGCGGAUUGGCGAGCUUGUUAG